CUGAAGUUCAUUCUCUGAUCAUCAACACUCCAUAAGAGCUGCCUACAAAGAUUCUUCCUUUCCGGAAUUAGGGUUCCAUAUUGGAUCGAAUCGAACUCACAGCAAUUAUUAGCACAACAAUGGAGGUCAUCAGAAGGGCAUCUCAUGCUGGCUCAUGGUACACCGAUAAUCCUAGAAAGCUCGAAGAAGAACUUGAUGGGUGGCUGGAUGCUGCUGGAUUGCCAAAGUCAUCCGAUGUUCGUGGAGUCAUUGCUCCGCACGCAGGUUACUCGUAUUCUGGCCGGGCAGCUGCUUAUGCAUUUGGAAACAUCGACCCGACUAACAUUUCUCGGGUAUUCCUUCUUGGUCCAUCUCACCACUACUAUACUCCCAAAUGUGCUUUGUCAACUGCGACGGUUUACAAAACUCCGAUCGGGGACUUACCUAUUGAUCAGGAAGGUAAUUCAGAUAUGUUUUGGAUCACACAUUCAGUAGUGCCAUUGAUCGAGGAGCUUAAAGCUACAGGAAAAUUCGAGUUGAUGGAUCUUCGUGUUGAUGAGGCAGAACAUAGCAUGGAGAUGCACUUACCUUAUUUGGCCAAAGUAUUUAAAGGGCACCAAGUGAAGGUUGUACCCAUUCUGGUUGGUGCUUUAAAUGCUGAGAGUGAAGCCAAGUAUGGGAAGUUGUUGGCCAAAUAUAUCGAUGAUCCCAAAAACUUCUUUUCCGUGUCCUCAGAUUUCUGUCACUGGGGUACACGGUUCAAUUACACGCACUAUGACAACAAACAUGGUGCCAUACACAAGUCUAUCGAGGCCCUGGAUAAGAUGGGCAUGGACAUAAUCGAGACGGGAGAUCCAGAUUCCUUCAAAAAUUAUUUGCUGGAGUUUGACAAUACCAUCUGUGGACGCCAUCCCAUCAGUGUUUUCCUCCAUAUGACAAAGAACUGCUCAACUAAGAUAAAGAUACAGUUUCUUCGAUAUGAGCAAUCAAGCCAGUGCAAAACCAUGAGAGACAGCAGCGUCAGCUACGCAUCUGCAGCAGCAAAGGCGGAUGGUGAGUGAAAGAUGGUGUAGAUGUUCGGUCUGGAAUUGUGUGUGGAAAUAUGUUCUUGAGAAUUUGGAAAGACAAAAGACGAGUAUGAAUUGCAUUUCAUGAUAAAAGCGCCCCUGCAAGAACGAUGUUGUCACUGUCCUUUACAUGCCAAUAUUAGAGUGUCAGUCAUGCAAAUGAUCACCAGAUCUUAAUAUUUAACAGAACGAUCACUUACAUUUACACCUUGAAUCACUUCAGUUACUUGAUUUCGAGGGAGCGAUAGAAUUGGUUUUCAUAAGGUUCAAAGCCAUCAACGAAAAUUGCCAGCCAUAGCAUUGUUCGCGAGCUUAUUGUAUUUACAAGUGC